CUUCUUUCAAGAAGAUUGAUUCCCCGUUCUCCUCGCGGCUUUCCUAAUAUGGUUAUCUUCCUGCCUCCCUUCCUCGCUCCUUGAUCCCCUUCCGAUUGCGAGUCCCUAGGUAGGCGUGUGUGUGCUGCUGAUUAUUCCUCUGCCAUCAUAUCAUGGCUCCCGCCGCGCCGCAGCUGCCCACGCGCUUUCCCUGUUGGUGUCGCGCCGUCUACUCAUGGGGUGGCGAAACAAAACGCGAUCUGGGCUUCGUUGAAGGCGACUUGAUUGAAUGCUUGAACGCUGGCGACGGACAGUGGUGGAUGGGACGACUGCGACGAGACCGGCGCAUGGUUGGCCUGUUCCCCUCCAACUUUGUGCAGGUGCUCCAGGACGAUUUCGUCCCAGUUACCCGAUCAACCAGUCCCAUGAUCCAGGCCGCCGCAUCUCCCAUCUCCAAUCCGACUUCAGCCCCCAAGAAGCAGAAGACCGUGUUCAGAAAGCCAUUCCAAGCCCAUCGGGAAGCUCUGGCACCAUCCGGAAGUAGCUCCUCUUCCACGUCGCCCGUCACCAGUACCAUUCCACAAACCCCCCCACGGGAUGGCAGUCUUUCGCGUAAAGUCAAACCGGGCCGCACGCCCACCACUGCCACUAGACAACAAAGCUCCCUUUCUCGACCCUUGGUGGCCAUCUCCAAGCCGCCACCCCGCGCCAUCUCACCGCGUCCUCCCCAAGACGACCCGAGUCCCCUCCAACAUCCGACCUCCAACCGUUCUGCCUACCGGCCGCCAUCCCGGGGCGACGUCUCACCUACUAAUGGCCCGCAAGAGCUGAACCCUCCCCCACCGCAACAGCAUGCGUUAUCCAUCCGCUCGCGCUCUCGACCCCCAUCUCGGGCAGUGUCACCGAGACCUCCCCCUACUCACGACCUCGCCGAUUUCCAACCCUCGCCGGCGCCGGCUCCCAUGAGGCAUCAUCAUCAUCAUCAUCAUCAUCAUCAUCAUAUCCAGGUUUCGCAACCAUCGUCGCGCGAAGUCUCCCCGCUGCUCCUCACCGAGCGCGAAGAAUCCCCUCCGCCUCCACCCCCACCCCCACACCGAGUCGCAGUCCAUCGCCAGCCUUCCACUUCAAGUAUGGGCAUCCCCUCACAACUGGAUAUGAACGAUCGCUACGUUACCUUGUCGAGGACCCCAUCCCCCGCUGCUCACUCAGACGCCCAUGGACAGACACCCUCCCCCCUUCGAGAUGCGAUGGAAGAUGUCAUGACUUCGCUCGAGGAUAUGGGGAUGUCCCGCGCAUCGCAUUCGCCCUCGCCGCAGCCCAUGUACAACCACCACUCCCCCUGGUCUCCGGACGCGUAUGACUCGUUCCGCGAUGACCAGCCUCAGCCAGCGACGACAAACCGCCCCCUGACCUCUUUAGGGUUUGAAGGAGAGAAGGACUAUCAGUAUAACCCCCCCGCCGUGCAUAGAAACAGUGUUUACACACACGAUCCGUUUGUGGAAGGUCCGCCCCAGCUGAACAACUAUGUGCAACGCAUGGAAAGCCGACUCCGUCAGAUGCAGGAGCAGAAUCACCGAGGCUCCGAAGAUAUACAGCUUCCCGAAGAUGAUGAUGAUCCUCCGCCGCCUUCACCGCCGCCAAGGAAUGUUCCUUAUCAUGAUGGGAGGCACCACUCCUCAACAACAACCCCUGCGCAUCACCAUCUCUUAAAAAAUCAACGAUCCGGUCUCGAUCUCCGCGAUGACCUAUUAAAUCGAAGCUCCACGAACAAAUCAAGUACCACCAAUUCAUCCAUUGGCGUACAAAGUAAUAGUACCUUUCAAACAGCGAGCACAGAUCGAACCAGCCAGAGCAUCAUGAGCGGCCCGUCCGCGAGCGGAUUUAGCGCAACCAGCGCCGGCAGCUAUGCCAGAAGAGGAGGCGGAGGUCCCGGGGAGAGGCCGAACACUGCCAUGGAUGCAUUUCGUUCCAGGGGGUUUAGCGACCUCGCGCGCACCUCACGGCCCGAGACACCGAUCAGUGGAAUAUCCUAUCAUUCCAGCCAUAAUACCUCCCGUCAGGGCGCUUCGUCCGCACUCCCCUGGUUGUCAUCGUCGUCGUCGUCGUCGAUGGAUCCGCACGAAGAGCAGACGAAUGUGUUUGGAGGACUUGCCACCCCCAAGGCAAAGAAACAGGGGUUUUUUAAGAAAAUUUUCGAGUCCGCCAAAACGGGUGCGGCGAAUGCCCGCAGCAGCAUUGCUGUGGGCCAGAGUGGCGGAGGGCUAUACUCUCCCACGAAGGGGCGGGCGGUGGUGUCUCCCAUUCGCUCUUCACAAUCGCAUCGAGACAUUGACGCUCGCGAGAUGGGAUUUGGAAAUAGUCCUAUCGACUGGGUGCAGGUGCGGCGUGAUGUCAACCGCGCCAGCUCUCCCAGUCGCAAUGAACGCGUGGAACGAGCAGAGCGAUGUCAGAUGAUGGACCACCCCGUGAUUUAUGCGGUGGAGGAACUGUACGAGACCGCCGAAGGAGAGGAAGGCAUUGACGGUCUGCCGAUCGGCGAACCGAUGGAUUUCAGCAGCGCCAAUCUCACCCUCGUGGACAAAAGUGCCCGGUUCGUCAAUAGUCUGCCGCCGAUGACCAACCCAAUGAGCCUCGCCCAGGGGUAUGUUUGCCGGCCGUACAAGAGCGACGUCCAAAGACUCCGCGCGAUUUUUACUUGGGUGAGCGAGAAGAUUGCCUGGGAUGAGCCCAUCGAAGAAGACCUGGAAAUCGACCUGAAGCGCGUCCUCCAAACCAAGCGCGGAAGCCCCGAGGAAGUGGCCUAUCUCGUCCGGGAAAUGUGCAUGGCCGUGGGUCUCCAUGCCGAGGCCAUUCAAGGGUUUCUCAAACCCCCCGGGGAAAUGUUCGAGUUGGAUAGCCUUUCGCGACCCAAUCACUGGUGGAACGCGGUGCUCGUCGACGGCGAAUGGCGGUUCUUGGAUUGCUCGCUGGCCAGUCCGACUAACCCCCAACGAAACCUGUUUGUGACGACGAAUACCGCGACAGCCGAGCCUUGGUAUUUCCUUCCCCGGCCCCUGGAGCUCUGUUACACCCAUGUGCCCCUGCUCCCCGAGGCCCAGCACAUUUGUCCUCCCAUAUCGCCAGAUGUGCUCCUGGCGCUUCCCACGGCCUGCCCCCCCUAUUUUAAACUCGGCAUGCGGUUCCCCGAUUAUGACACCAGUGUGAUUCGACUGGAAGGCUUAGAGGUUCUCCAGGUGCGGCUCUUGGUGCCUCCGGACGUAGAAUGCGCGGCCGAAGUAGAGGCGCCGGCCUUUGCCUGCGACGCCGACGGCGACUUCUUUGAGAGCGGAGAGAUCGUCCGAAAGCGGGCGCUCGUCCAACCGGACUGGGUCAAUGGCCUUAAGCGCAUUACCAUCAAAGCCGUUUUGCCCGGGGAUGAAGGACAAGGAAUGGUGAAGGUAUAUGCUGGACGCAAGGGCCUGAUGCAUUCCAGCCGCGAUAUACCUCAUCCUCUCGCAUUUGCCCUUCCGAUCCUCCACUCCGGAGAGAAUCCGCCCUACGAGUUCGUCCUACGGCAUCCGACUCCCCAUGCCCAACGCCAUGAUUUGUAUAUCAUCCAACCCCAGUGCGCCAAGCUAGCGGUCAACAACACCUUUGUUUUUACGGUCCGCCAGCAUCCCUCUUCACUUCCUCCUCCCCCGACUAGUAAUGAAGCCAGCUUCGGCAGUGGCCGUAUCUCUCCGUCCGUCUUUUCGCGGCCAGCCAGCGCCCUGAGUAUGAUCUCCAGCUCCGCUGGGGGAUCCUCAUCCGCCUCGACCGUUUCCAACGAAUUUUCGGCUUCAACGUCGGCGAUUUCAUCUACCCGCUCCACCUCCGGGCGAGAAAAGCCCGCCAAACUGGCGAUCCAGUCCCCGUCCGGCAAGAUUCUGCGCCUCACGCGCAAAGCCGAUCAUAUGAUCAGUACCCCGAACUUGUCGGACUCCCCGAGUGAGUGUACCGCCGACGGCAGUGUCUGGGAGACCGUGAUCAAGAUUGGGGAGCGCGGAGUCUGGAGAGGCUUGGUCCUCGCCGAUCGUGUGGCGCGAUGGUGUGUAUUUUGUGAAUGGGAAUGUUUCUGAUUAUGCUAGGAUGAUUCCCCCAUGCCCUACUCUGCUGUAUUAAUGAUUGUUGUCUUGUUUCUUUCUUUUUUCUUCCGGCAUGAUUUGCAUUCUCCUUGGCUCAUGGUUGCAUUGCAUUGCAUCAUUCGACUCUGGGAUAGGCCUUGAUAUCGUUGCAUUGGGCAUUUGCACUUACGGUCACCCAAGUCUUGUAUAAGAGCAUGGCUGUCGAAUUACUCAUCUUACAUUGGGAGUUACUGGAUUGUUGUUGUUAGUGUUUUAUAUGUAUCAGGUUGAUGUAUGAUUUGUUAUUUUCUCGUUUUUUUUUUUUUUUUUUCCCGCCUGAACUUGGGUGGGACUCGCAUAUUAGAGUAGAGAGAGGUCUACUACUGCAUAGAUUGCUACUUAGCAACGCACUUGUGAAUUCCAUUGAACGCAGUAGAAACUGUUCCCUGUGAUAAAAACCCAUGCCAUAGACCGAUUCACACCGUAGU